AUGAGCGCCAUCCAGAAGGAGAUCGUCCCUCACGGGCGCUUCGUCUACGCCUUCUGCAACGUCCGGACGAACCAGGUCUUGUAUUCACUAUCACGCACGCUUGAUAACACGGCAUUAAAGCAACUUCCAGACCUGGGCGCGAACCACACGCCUCCACAGCUACGAAAGGACUUAUGGCGACCGCUAUACAGCGUCGAGCUUCCCGCAACGCCACACGGUGCAAAGCAAGGCAUCCAUGCCCUCAGGAAGCUGCGAGAAUAUCGCAAACUCCACGAGCUAUCAUGGGAGCAAACAGCCAUGAUGACGCGGAACAUGACCGACAAGGAGAUUGAAAGGGAGAAGAAGAAGCUCGAGGACCGAGGAGGCAGCAAGAAGGAGACUGUCUACGACAUCAUGAAGCGCCAAAAGCACAAGAUGAAGCUCAAGAUGGUCAUGGACCAGAAGGCGAACAGCAUUGCAGACCUGGCGGCCGUCUUGACUGAGCAAGAAGAGCUGGGCGCAACGACUGCCGAGGCCAAGCAGAAGCACGCAGACGAGUGGCGGACACGAUCGCUUGAAGAGAUGGAGCGCCUCGCUCAAGAAGCGGACAACGGAAGCAUUGAGAAGAUUGAGACCCAGAUUGAAGAACUCUGCAAGACGCUGCAAGAACUGCGACAGCAUGGUACUGAAGGCCGAAGAGGAAAGCUUAAGAAACAAAUUGUCGUUACCAGACAGCAACUCCAAAAGAUGCGACGUGCAGCACAAGUGGCCAAAGAAGUACCUCCGGCUAGCUUAGAGAUUGAGCGUCUGGCUCAAGAGGUGAAGAACGGUGGGCUUGAGACACUCUCAAACCAGAUUGCAGAGCGUCGAGGGAGACCGAAAGAGAGGAAGAACUCAGCCGAGGUGGAAGAGCCCACAGCCGAGGCGGAAGAGAGCUUCGAGGAAGCCGAGCAGCGACAUGAAAGGAUGCAGUGGGCGGCAAAGGCAGUGGAAGAGGCAAAAGCAAACCCAGCGUACAUUGAAGGAGCAGCAACCGAAGCAGCAGACGCGGCAGACACGGCAGAAGCAGCGUUGGCAGCGUCGGCAGUCGAAGCCGCAUCGGCAAGAGAAACAGCAUCGGCAGCAGAAGCAAAAGCAGAGUCCGCAAGUGAAGCAGCAUCGGCAGAGAAAGCAGCAUUGGCAAAAGAGGCAGCGAGAGAAGUAGCGGUCGCGAGAGAUGCAGCGGUGGCAAGAGAAGCAGCGUUGGCGCGAGACGCAGCGUUGGCAAGAGAAACAGCGUCGGCAAGAGAAGCAGCGUCGUCAGAGCAAUUGCUACCAGCUUACAAAAGGGCAAAGAUGCUGUGGUACGCAGAGAAGUUCGACCCUAUCAAGCGCGACCCUGAAUACCUGCCAAAACGUGGAUGGGUGCGCAGAGAAGCUGAGCGCUGGAACAGGCCCGUCUACACAUCAAAGGGCAUCACAGUCAAGUGGGCGAACAUCACGGACGCCGAGUACGCCGCCUCAUGGCCGGAUGCGGUGCAGCAUGAGCGGAUGGGCUACACUACGCGAAGUCCUCCACUUGUCGACACCGAGACAGUAGCUGAAUUCAGGGCGUUGUCAUGGAAGGGCAGGCGCGAGAACUUCCAGCUGGACGAGACUACCGCGGAGAAGGUGGAAAGACUCAGAGCAGAGAUGGGCUUGCAAGCACGAGUUGACAAGCCGUGGAAGUUCGUGGAGGCUCAAGAGAUUGAAUCCGGCUUCUUACCUGGUAGGGACCCAUCUGAUGUGGAAGCGGCAGAAGUGGAAGGUGAAGAGCUGGAGGCAGCGCCAGAGGUGGCGGAAGAAUUCGUCGAGGAAGAAGACCCCGAAAGGCUGCAGAAGAUUCAAGAGGAGAUCUUGGGCCGGGUUCGACAGAUGGCUAGCAAGGAAUCUUGGGACAAGCGUGCCAACCAGGACCUGAAGAAGGCGAAGAACAAGUUCAAGCUCGCGCCUUUGCCUGUUGAUGCUACUGUGGACCAGCAGCCUACGGUCUAA